CUUUGACCUCUUAUAAUUUAUACCCGAAGGCCAAAACCCUUUUCACAAAACCCUAUGUUUUACAGUGACGACACAAAACAGCAGGAAAAUGGCUUGUCGUGGUUUCCUUUCCAGAUCUCUUAUGUCCACUGCGAGGGCAUCUGCCUUCCGCUCUUCUCCGCCACUCGCCGCCCGCCGCAUCCGUCCUCCCCCGUCAUCCGCCCCUCGCCGUUUCUCCUUCUCCAAUCCUAGGACCUUUGGGGAGCUGGGGUGCGUGCAGUCACUGAUACCUCUGCAUAAUAUGGCUGGAGUUAGGCUGACAUCUUACUUGGCAACCAAUGUUCGAGCCUGCUGUGAGCUGUCCCACGGAGGACUAGGGAAGAUGGGUGAUGUCAGCAGCACUCCCCGACACUCAAAUGCAGGGCCUGAUGCCAUAUUGUGGGUACUUGAAAGUAUGGGUGGACCAGCACACCAGGUGCUCGAAUAUCUGAGGUCUCUGCAUGUAGGUCUAUUCGACGGGAACAUCCUGUUUGGGCAGGAAAAAAUAAUAGUAGUGCGUUAUUAUGUUUUUCGUAUCUAAUUUACCUUCAUACUUAAUCUGUACAUGGAGUUUGAUUUGUGUUGAUCUUAUAUUCUUAUUAGUGGUUGAAGUUUAUGGAUUUCUGCAGCAUUCGAAUGUUAUUUGCUGCCAGACUUGAACAUCUCUUUCAUUAGAGAAUUGGGCAACUGAGGAUCCAGACACCUGAACCACCUUUUUCAUUAGAAUUGGACAACUGAGAAU